UUCUUCUAUAGUAUUCUUAUUCCCAUUCCUAUUUCUAUUGCAUCUGGCAAAAAUUUCUGGGAAACGUGGUUCUCCUCCAGUGGGCUGAGCAGAGACUCCAAGGAAAGGAAGGGGUUAACUCUGCUUCUUCUGAGGGGGAGUCAAUCAACCUUUAGGCCACGCCUCCCUGGCCUGCGCAUGCCCAGUUUCGGACUCGGCCUUUUCCCUCAGCCGAGAGACCCGUGGAAGACGGAGCUCUUCGAGGAGAGGACGCACUUAUUGUUCCCCGGGUUCUGACGGCCCCGCGUAACAAGGCUCCGAAGCCUUCUCAAGACGGCUAAAGGGCGAGGCUGGCUCCCCCGGCCCGCUUGGCGUAGCCCGCCUUUUGUCCCGAUCCCGUCAAGGUCACUCACCGAGCCCCGCAGGCAACGAACGAGUGCCCGGGGGAAGCCUAGAGCGGCUGAGAGAGAAAUAAAGCCGCGGCGGCAGCAAAAGGUUCCUCACAGGAACGAGCCUGCCUGGUCCGGAGGCCCCGGAUACUAAAAUGGCGGAGCCGGGAACGGCAGGGCCGAGCGGGGAGGAGGACCAGAGUCCCCCGAAAGGCUCCGCGGGGCCCAAGUCGGCCGCCAGAAGAGCCGCCGCCAGGCUGAAGGCGAGAGCCCUCUCCUCCCAGAGAGCCCCGAAGGCCGAGGAGAAGGAUGCCCUGAGGGGCCGCCUGGAGGCCGCUGACAAAAGGGCCGCUGAGGCGGAAACAGCGCUAAAGGGAGGGGCGGAGACCCCCGCGGAGGAAACCGUUGGGGUUUCCCGCGCUUUUCCAGCCCAGCAACUCAGCCAGCCAAUCGGCGCGAAGCACCAGAGCCCGCUGGGCUCUCAGGCCGGGUCGCCAGGUGGCGCCAGAGAGCAGCUGUCUCUGCCCUCCGACGAGGCUUUUAUGGCUCCUGAUUCGAAGCCGCCGCCAGGAGAAGGGCAGCCACCGCCUAAGCGGAGGAAGGGGGCGCCAGAGGCCAGCUUUACUCCCACGGCGGUGGCGGGACUUGGCCCACAGGAGAGUCAGGGCCCUGAAAUCUCUGACCAGAUGAAAAUCCUGAUAUCGGAGGCCAUAGCGCAGGGCAUUGCGGCAGGCCUGCAACAAAGACCUAAGGCUGCUCCGAAGCCCCUGGAAAAUCCCAAACAUGAAGAGCAACACAAGGGAUCCCCCACAGGGCUCUUUUCCCCAUCCCUCUUUAAAUCCUUGUUGUUCAAGGCCAAAGCCACAACAGGUAUGGGAGCGGAGCCAGCGUUGGACCCGAAUGAGUUGCUCUUUUCACAGCCAACCAUAGAGAGCGAGGAAAUCCCCUCCCCUGACCUAUUCCGGGACCUGGUCCAACAGCAAUGGGCCCAACCAGCAGUGUCCACUUCCCUAAAUGACAGUGAAAGAAGAUUUUAUAAUGUGGCCCCGGAUUUCUCCAAGGCACUGGAAACACCAACUGUAGAUGGCCCGGUGGCGGCCUUAGUAACCUCCCCCAUCCUGCCUACCCAUGUAGAGCAGGGUCUGAACCCAGGGGAUAAAUUGGAGGAGCAGACCCUCCGCAAGGUGCACAAGAACGCUGCCAUGGCAAUCAAAACAUCGACAACCGCCUCAUUCUUCAACAGGGCCACGUUGAUGUGGCUCCGCCAGAUACAAGCGAGAGUUCCCCCUGGUGACCUCCGCUUCCACCAAGAUAUGAACAAAGUGAUAGCAGCUACGGAAUUCUCGGCAGAUGCCACCUUAACUGCCGCCAAGUUUGCUUCCAGGGCCCUUUCCUCUUCGGUGGUGGCCCGCCGACUACUGUGGCUUCGCUAUUGGAAGGCAGACACGAAAAAUAUGUGGAACCUAGCCUCUGCUCCCUACAUCCGUGGGGCUUCCUUUCGGCCCACCGGCACGGGGUUUGAUGCCCCUCAAGCCCAGAGGGCAUAUACCCACAGACCAGGUUGGGAGCCGGACGGAUCAGAGUUCAAGUACAGAAACAGAGGACACUUCCAAGGCAAGCGGCCAUUUCAAGGCAGAGGCCGUCGCCCCUUUCACCGCUCCAAGUGAUGACAGAUCCAGCCCCCCCAUUGGCGGGUGCUUAAGCCUAUUCACCAAUCAAUAGGAAGCAACCCCAGAGGGCAUGACCUGAGACUAGGUCUCCCCUUGGAUUCCUCUCCCCCACCCCCCAAGUUUCUUCAUACGUUGCCCCAUCUCUUUUUUAAAAAAGUUUUUUUUAUAUUUACAAUAAUUCCAAAGUAAAACAAAUUAAAAUGGAGUAGGUGAAAAUAUAGAGAAAUUUUAAGUUUGUUAAAAAUGAUAAGACAUAUGCAAUAGUAGCUAAAAGAAAAUGGGAUUAUUGUUAU